CAUUCAUCCCUGGAGGAAGUUUUGGGUGCAUUUGGAUAGUGUUGUGAUUUGCUCGUGUUUGGAAUUUAAGUGAUGCAGUGGGGGUGGUUUUAGGAAAAGCAAAAUCAAGUGUAUUCGUGUUAUUUAUUAGGAAGGCGGUUCGGAGUGGAGAAAUUACCAAAAUGAUCAAGCAGCUGUUUAUUGUGAUCUCGUUUCUGUAUUUCGUUUAUUCGGCACCUCAAGGUGGCGAUCAGUACGAAGCGUACGCGUACCAAUAUGAAGUGAAGGAUCCGGAAAAGCAGCUAUUCUUCGACAAAAAUGAAUCAGGCGAUACCUCUGGCAAGGUCUCGGGUCAGUAUUCGGUUUGGCUACCGGACGGCCGGCUCAUGACCGUCAAGUACACGGUAGACAAGGAAAGCGGCUACGUGUCAGAUGUUGGUUUCCAGGACAACGCAAACCCAUUAUCGGGCUAAAUUGAACCAUCAAAAAAUGCAACGCAAUCGGACAUCCACGCCUUGUUUUCGCCGCAACACAUAGCUACUUUACAAUCCAUCACAGCUGGGAGGGGGGCCAAUGGUAAAAUUUGUCGGCUUUAUAUUCAUAAAACCUACAAGUUUUAUUAUGGUUUUAUCAACAUUUCUGGAGCCAUAGGGUAGUGCUACACACACAAACGUUCAAAAACCCAAAAAAAGAUGUAACAAGAUCAACACCUUUGGGUAAAAUUAAAACUCUGGGAGAGUGACUUACGAGGGGCCAUUUUAAAAAUUUAGUCUUUUUCCGAUAAUUUAAUUAGGUAAUUUUUUUUAUGUAAA